GCCUGCCGUGUUUUACGCAAGCCGACCUUUGCAUAGCCGUGCAGUCCUGCGAUGGCCUGAGUCAGUCACGCACAGAGACUCUCUUGCGCUUACCCAACUGUUUGUUUCCGUUCCCAUUUUUUGCUGCUUCUGACCCGCGGUUGUUGCUCUUGGGUGAUGUAAGCAGAGUGGUGGUGGAGACACUUCACACUCUCCUUAGAUAAGAUCUUGCACGCGUUUAAAAGCAGGGCUGAAACCUUUGCAAGCCUGCUGCCAUGUGUGCACCUGGGACACCCGUCUCCUCGGAAGGGUGGGCAGAAGCAAGCUCUGUUUACGCCGAAGAGGGAGCAGUCGGGGCUCGGCGAGCAGGUGCUGGUGACUUGGAUUAUUACUGGUUGGACCCUGCCACGUGGCACGGCCGGGAAACAUCACCUAUUAGUUCGCACCCUGUAACGUGGCAACCGUCUAAAGAGGGGGACCGGUUAAUUGGACGUGUUAUUCUUAACAAGAGAACUACCAUGCCCAAGGAGUCCGGCGCGUUGCUGGGUCUGAAAGUCGUUGGAGGAAAAAUGACUGACUUAGGACGCCUGGGUGCCUUUAUUACCAAAGUAAAGAAGGGCAGCCUUGCGGAUGUGGUGGGACACUUGAGAGCAGGGGAUGAAGUUCUAGAAUGGAAUGGUAAACCCCUGCCGGGAGCUACAAAUGAAGAAGUUUACAACAUUAUUUUAGAAUCAAAAUCAGAACCUCAAGUUGAAAUUAUUGUUUCAAGGCCUAUUGGUGACAUUCCACGGAUUCCUGAGAGCUCCCAUCCUCCCCUGGAGUCCAGUUCAAGUUCCUUUGAAUCUCAGAAGAUGGAAAGGCCUUCCAUUUCUGUUAUUUCUCCAACAAGCCCUGGAGCUCUAAAAGAUGCCCCCCAAGUCUUACCAGGACAACUUUCUGUGAAGUUGUGGUAUGAUAAAGUGGGACACCAGCUCAUUGUAAAUGUUCUGCAAGCAACAGAUCUACCCCCUAGGGGAGAUGGGCGUCCCAGGAAUCCCUAUGUGAAAAUGUAUUUUCUUCCAGAUAGAAGUGAUAAAAGUAAAAGGAGGACCAAAACAGUAAAGAAAGUACUAGAACCGAAAUGGAAUCAAACUUUUGUCUAUUCACAUGUGCAUCGUAGAGAUUUUAGAGAACGAAUGUUAGAAAUAACUGUGUGGGACCAACCAAGAGCGCAAGGAGAGGAGAGUGAAUUUCUCGGAGAGAUCCUCAUAGAACUGGAGACGGCCCUUCUAGAUGAUGAACCACAUUGGUAUAAACUUCAGACGCACGAUGAAUCUUCACUACCUCUGCCACAGCCAUCACCUUUCAUGCCAAGGCGACACAUCCGUGCAGAAAGCUCUAGCAAAAAACUGCAAAGGUCUCAGCGCAUCAGUGACAGCGACAUCUCAGAUUACGAAGUCGACGACGGCAUUGGGGUCGUCCCUCCAGGUUUUAGGUCUAGCGUAAGAGAAAGUAAACCCACGACACUAACUGUGCCAGAGCAGCCGAGAACAACUCACCAGCGCUCGCGGUCAGUCUCUCCUCAUCGCGGCGAUGAUCAGGGGCGGCCGCGUUCACGUUUACCAAAUGUGCCAUUGCAGCGGAGUUUAGAUGAAAUUCAUCCAACAAGAAGAUCACGUUCUCCAACCAGACAUCAUGAUGCCUCCCGAAGUCCAGCUGAUCACAGAUCCAGAGAUGUGGAUAGUCAGUAUUUAUCAGAACAAGACAGUGAGCUUCUCAUGCUGCCCAGAGCAAAGCGAGGCCGGAGCGCGGAAUGCCUGCAUACCGCCAGUGAGCUGCAGCCCCCCCUCGGCAGGGCUAGGAGCGCUAGUACCAACUGCUUGAGACCAGAUGCUAGUUUGCAUUCACCAGAACGAGAAAGGGGUAGAUGGUCCCCCUCCCUAGAUAGGAGACGACCUCCUAGCCCCAGGAUUCAAAUCCAGCAUGCGUCUCCGGAGAAUGACAGAGCGCCCCGGCAGGGAAGCCCAGGCCAGUCGCCCCCUGCAGACUCGCCCUUUCGCAGCCGCAGAGGAAGGCAGCUCCCGCAGGUGCCAGUGAGAAGCGGCAGCGUCGAACAAGAACAAGAAAAAUAUAAUUCUUCCACAAAAGCGAGCUUAGUAGUGGAGGAGCGAGCAAGACAGAUGGAAACGAAGGUGCACCGAUUUAAGCAGACUGCAGGGUCUGGUUCUAGGCAAGGACCCGACCGCGAGCAGUAUUCCAAGUAUAACAUGCAUAAAGAUCAGUACAGAAGCUGUGAUAACGUCUCUGCCAAAUCAUCAGAUAGUGAUGUCAGUGACGUGUCCGCCAUUUCCCGGACCAGCAGCGCCUCACGCCUCAGCAGCACAAGCUUUAUGUCAGAGCAAUCCGAGCGCCCCAGGGUCAGAACCAGUUCAUUUACCCCUAAAAUGCAAGGCAGACGGAUGGGGACUUCAGGAAGAGCCAUCACGAAGAGCACCAGUGUGAGUGGGGAGCUGUACGCCCUGGAGCGUAACGACGGCAGCCAGUCGGACACGGCUGUGGGGACGGUCGGAGCAGGUGGGAAGAAGCGGAGGUCCAGCCUGAGCGCCAGGGUGGUCGCCAUCGUGUCUCGGAGGAGCAGAAGCACCUCGCAACUAAGCCAAACAGAGUCGGGCCACAAGAAGUUAAAAAGCACCAUACAGCGGAGCACGGAGACGGGCAUGGCGGCCGAGAUGCGGAAGAUGGUGAGGCAGCCCAGCCGGGAGUCCACGGACGGGAGCAUCAACAGCUACAGCUCGGAGGGCAACCUAAUAUUUCCUGGAGUGCGACUAGGAGCAGACAGUCAAUUCAGUGAUUUUCUUGAUGGACUGGGACCAGCCCAACUUGUUGGCCGCCAAACCCUCGCCACCCCUGCAAUGGGUGAUAUACAAAUCGGUAUGGAGGAUAAAAAGGGCCAAUUGGAAGUUGAAGUCAUAAGAGCACGAAGCCUCACGCAGAAACCUGGCUCCAAAUCCACACCUGCACCAUACGUCAAAGUGUAUCUUUUGGAAAAUGGGGCCUGUAUUGCCAAGAAGAAGACAAGAAUUGCACGAAAAACCCUUGAUCCUUUGUACCAACAGUCCCUGGUUUUUGACGAAAGUCCCCAGGGUAAAGUUCUUCAGGUGAUUGUCUGGGGGGACUAUGGCAGGAUGGACCAUAAAUGCUUUAUGGGUGUUGCUCAAAUCUUGUUGGAAGAACUCGAUCUGUCCAGCAUGGUGAUCGGAUGGUACAAAUUGUUCCCACCGUCAUCCCUGGUGGACCCCACACUCACUCCCCUCACCCGCCGGGCUUCCCAAUCAUCUCUGGAAAGUUCAACUGGGCCUCCCUGCAUUCGCUCAUAGCAACUCACACCGGAGUCACUCCAGUAAAACUCUGCCUUUCAGGAUCAUAACCUGAACCAGAUAUUUCAUGAUCAAAAACGUUGUUGGAGACAGACAAUCAACUUGUGUUUUGCCCGUAGUAGUUUCUCAAUAAUAUGUCCCAAAUGUUGUUUAAAACCCGGCUCCACACGACAGAACAAAGCAAUCUGUCAAAUCACAGUAAGCGUCAGUGUGCUGGUGAGACUCACUGAUGUCCUAACAAAUAGGAAUAGGGGAAACUUCACACACACACACACCAAAAUGAACAAACUGGAAACUCUUGCUCUGUGAAAAGUUGUGUUUUACAUGUUUCUGCCCAGAUCACAAGCAGUGUCGUCCCCCUGGUGUUUGGUUUGAGAAGUUCUGUUCUGUUGUGUGUCUCGUGUGUUUAGGUGUUGUCGUUGCGUUUGGGUUUCUCGAUCUGUGUCUCGCCGGCUUGUUAGUCCCACAAGCUUGGUUGGACUGGGUCAUGACGGCCUUGUGAUGCUCAGAGACCCUUCCUUUCUUUUUCCAAAAGCACCACAGAAAGGGCUGCAGCAGUCUCUGUAGCAUCUCCCCAGGUGUGCAACAGCGCGACGAGAUGAGGCCGAUCAAGGGUUCCCCAGCCUUCAUUUUAUAAUUCCUCAGAGUCUUAUUAUGCCUGGAAACCCAGAAAACAAAGAGUUAUCUUCCAAACAAAUCAAUCACUGAAUCACUUUUUUUUGAAUGAAGAACAUAUCUGUUUGUGUUCUUAAAAAUUAAAUUUACGUGUUUGGCAUGGAAGACUUUUAAAGACGUCAACCUGCCUCUAAUGCUGGGAACCAGAACUGGCUGCAUAGUCGUACUUUGGAAACACUCCUUGUGAUGCCUUUUUCUUCCUGACGUCCAAAAAAAGUACAUGCUUAUGUGUACAAACCACACUUCUGACUUCCCAAAAUGGUGACUAGAAAUGGAUUUGAGCCUAAGACACUUCCAGCUAUGCCCAGGCUUCUCAGCCAUGUCUCGGUGUAGACGCACCCGUCUGCCUGGGAAAGAGCAUGGUAUGAGCUGUUCAAUCUAUUCCACUGGAAAUUCCAGUUGAAAUACUCUGCACUAAACUAAUGUUUUUAAUCAAGUUUUAGUUUACAUUUCUUUGAGAUUGAUGCAAGCACAAAGCUUGAUUUUUUAACGCAAAGUAUCUUACUUUUUGAGGGGAAAAAAUAAAACAGUCCAAUUUGAAUUUGCAUUUUCUUCAUUUGAGUUUUUCUUGGCCUUGAAUUUCCCCCUGUGAUGUUCUGUAUAUGUGCUAUAAACUGCAGAGUCUGCAGGUGCAUUGACAGUGUUUUCCCUUCUUUUAUGAGUCCUUCAACUUUUGUGACUACACAAAUAGAGCAGCAUGACUUGGAACUGUUCAAAGCUGCAUGCACAUUUUGUAAAAAAGAAACAAAAAAGAAAGAAAAAGAAAAAGACAAGAAACAAAAGGUUAUUUAAUAAUGUAUGUUAGCUCCACAUAGGCCAGCUUGUCUGUUGCAUGUACUUGUACAGUUUGCUUGUUAAUUCCUCUACCGAAAUAACCAAGAAAUCUAAGCCAUCCAUUUUUGUUAUAGACAUUUUGCAGGUUUUAGCCAGACUCACUGUGCGAGUCUGGGGUGAAAUGUCUAUAGAUGGACUUUAUUUUUUACCCUCUGGAAAAUGUGAUGUAGUAUGGACCAAAUUCCUUCUAAUAAACAUAUUGGUGUAGAUUCCUACUGUGGGGCUGUAACACUUGUAGACACUGUGGACACACUAGGUUUUAAUCCAUAGACAUCCUGCCUGCACCAAGUGAAUUAUUUAUUAUUAUUUACCCAUGGCAGAUUCAUUGCCCGUCAUUCCACAGGGCACAGAUCGACUACAACUCCCCAUGCUGAAGCACUGGUGCAUUCUACCGGGUUCCAUUCUGAGUGGCCAACAUUAACCAGUUAUAAUUGGAUACUAUCUUUCUAUCUUGACCACUUGUCUUAACACCCCCCUGUGCUUUUAAAUGAACUUCCAACUCAUGUAUGUAAACAUGUUUAAUAAAAUUUACUUUUCAUGUCAGUCAGUAGCCACCUGUGUUCUGUGUUCUGCCAGACGGCCGCUGUGGCUUCUGUGAGCAAUGUGGGGUCCAGGUCGCUGGACGGGGAGGCCGGGACUCGUCGGCUGGGGGCCUUUGCUGUGACUUGUCAUUGCACUCUGUAUGUCGUAAUCUGUGCCAGAGGGCCAGGUGCACAUAGUAAAGGUUUUCACUCUGUCAGCCUGUCUAAAUGAGCACACCACUAUACUUCUGAAAAGUGGCAUUAUUAAAAACAAUAAAUCUCAGAAAGAAUCAAA